AUGCUUACGAAGGUUAGUAGAGUACGCUUCGGAGAUGGCUUUGAACUCUGCAAGCUUUACAGUAGCAGCUUCGUGGGCGGCGACGGCAGCCGCGUGUGCUCUGCCCUUGAUGACGUAGUCGUCUCGCUCCUUGUUGUACUUGUUGAGGUGGUGGGGAUGAGUUGUGUGCUGUCCGCAGCUGGGGACUCCCCCGUUUGGUCGCGUUCGCGGCUGCCCGCGUUCGUCCCGUCCGCGGCUGCUGCCCGCGUUCGUCCCGUCCGCAGCUGCUGCCCGCGUUCGUCCCGUCCUCGGCCGUUGCCCGCGUUCGUCCCGUCCGCGGCGGCUGCCCGCGUUCGUCCCGUCCGCGGCGGCUGCCCGCGUUCGUCCCGUCCGCGGCGGCUGUCCGCGGAUGGCGCGUCCGCGCUGCCCGUCGGCGCGGACGUCGCGACCGCCCUCGUCGUGGGCGCGGGCGGCGCGUCCGCGCUGCCCGUCGGCGCGGACGUCGCGUCCGCCCUCGUCGUGGGCGCGGGCGGCGCGUCCGCGCUGCCCGUCGGCGCGGACGUCGCGUCCGCCCUCGUCGUGGGCGCGGGCGGCGCGUCCGCGCUGCCCGUCGGCGCGGACGUCGCGUCCGCCCUCGUCGUGGGCGCGGGCGGCGCGUCCGCGCUGCCCGUCGGCGCGGACGUCGCGUCCGCCCUCGUCGUGGGCGCGGACGUCGCGUCCGCCCUCGUCGUCGGCGCGGACGUCGCGUCAGCGGUUGUCGGUCGCGUUCGUCGCGUCCGCAGCUGA